GCCUUGUACCCACGUUCACGGCCAAACCUAUCUUCAAUUUUCUACCCUAAUAUUCGUGGAUUUUCCAGCUCCUUCUUGAGAAGGUAGAUUAACAGUCACAGAGAACCAGGGGAGAUUCGAAGCAGGGACGUCCAGAUCAUGUCCGGUAUGUACGGCCAAAACGGUGAUUCCGCCGCUCCGCCUUACCAAGGCGGUGGUGGUGGAUACGGCGGCGGAGGAUAUGGAGGUGGCGGAGGCGGAGGCGGAGGUGGAGGAGGCGGAUAUGGAGGUUAUGGCGGCGGAGGUCGUGGCGGUAGAGGUGGUGGUGGAGGAGGAUACGGAGGAGGCGGCGGCGGUGGUGGCGGCGGUUAUCCAGGAGGAGGAGAUCGUGGUGGCAGAGGUGGCUCCGGCGGCAGAGGAGGUGGUCGAGGUGGAGGUAGUGGCAGAGAUGGUGAUUGGCUUUGCCCUAAUCCUGGUUGUGGGAACUUGAACUUUGCAAGAAGAACUGAGUGCAAUAAGUGCAACACGCCUUCUCCCGCUGGUGCCAACAAUGAUCGCGGUGGUGGUGGUGGAGGUGGAGGUGGGAAUGGUUAUAACAGAGGGGGUGGGUAUUCUGGUAAUCGAGGGAGUGGCAGAGAUGAUGGUAAUAGAGGUGGAAGUUACAGCAGUGGUGGUAGAAGUGGUGGUUAUGAGAGUAGAAGUGGAGGCGGCAGCGGCAGUAGAGGUGGUUCUUAUGGUGGUAGAGGAGAUGAUGAUGGAUAUAAUCAGGUGCCGCCACCUGCAGCAGCUCCAGCUUAUGGUAGUGGUGGAGGUAAUUAUCCUCAACCUCCCAACUCAUAUGGAGGGAAUGCUAAUUAUGGUGGUGCCAAUGCAGUUGCGCCACCUACAAGCUAUACUGGUGGUCCUACAAGCUAUACUGGUGGUCCUACAUCAUACCCUCCUGUGGCUGGCUAUGGCGGUGAAGCUACUGGUGAUACAAGAGGCGGUGGUCGUGGUGGCCCUCCAGGUGGGUAUGGUAGCAGUGGUGGAUCAAGGAAUCAAGGAGGAAGUGGUGGUUAUGGUGGUAAUGGUGCUAGUGCUGAUGCAGCUCCAUCAAUUAAGCAAUGUGAUGAGAAUUGUGGCGACAACUGCGACAACUCUAGAAUUUACAUAUCUAAUUUGCCUGCUGAUGUGACGGUUGAAGAAUUGAAAGAGCUGUUCGGUGGAAUUGGACAAGUUGGAAGGAUUAAGCAGAAGAGGGGCUACAAGGAUCAAUGGCCUUGGAACAUAAAGAUAUAUACUGAUGAAAAGGGCACCCAGAAAGGGGAUGCAGUUUUGUCUUAUGAGGAUCCAUCUGCUGCACAUUCUGCUGGUGGCUUCUACAACAAUUACGAGAUGAGAGGUAAAAAAAUUAGUGUUGUCAUGGCAGAGAAGACAGCUUUGAGGCAACCUGAGCACGGUGGAGGCGGAAGAGGUGGUGGUGGAUAUGGUGGGCGGAGGGAUAACUACAGAGACGGUUCUGGGCCCGACAGGCAUCAGCAUGGAGGGAACCGUUCACGCCCGUACUAAGGACUCUCUGCUCUCUGUUAUGCCGUUAUUUUGUACUCUAGGAAUUGUGUCUGAGGGUGUUUUACUAUGUUCCAUUACCUUGAGGGGUUGUUCUUAACUGGAGGGAGACUAAGAGGUAGGUUGUUCACAGAGCAAUACCCCUUUCUCUCCUUUCCUGUUUACUGUAGACUUGAUCGUUCCCCCCUAUGCACACAAUUGAUUCAGCUUGUGUGAAUUCUUUUCUUUAUAGACGCAAGUGGAUAGAAACUCCGAAUUGCUUGCUUGCUGCUUAAGGUAGGUUGGUUGUAUUCAGGUGAGUAAUCAGCUUCUUUUGCCGUCGUGCAUUAGUCCCAAGUUAUAUUGCAUGCCUGAAAAUGGUCCGAGGAUAAUACACUAGCUGGGUUGGAUGUUUGUUUCUUUCCAACAGUCAGUGUUUUCGCGCAGGAUAUGGGUGGGUGCUACUAUGCUGUUUGAAACAAACUAUUGUAUGCCUU